CUUGCUUAUAGUUUCCUUUGCUGUGCCAAAUCUUUUAAGUUUAAUUAGGUCCCACUUGUUUAGAUGGAUUUAGAUUGCAUUGGCUCUAAAGAUUAGAGCUGAACUGACAACUUUGUGAUAUUAAGUUGACCUAUUUGUGAAUAUGGUACGUAAUUUAUUUAGGCCUUAUUUGAUGUAGUUCUAUAAGAUUUUAUAAUUUUUUUGUGUAUAGUAUACACAUAUUUUGUUUAUAUUUUUGUUGCUUUUGUAGAUAUUGCAUUUAUAACUAUAUUUUCUAAUUUUUUAUUGCUAAUUCAUAAAACUGAAACAGUUAAUCAUCUGUCAGCUCUAUUCACCUAUCAUUUUUAAUAAUUUAUCUAUUAAUUUUUUUUGUUUUCUAUGCAGAUAAUCAUUCUUUGCAGAAAAUAGCUUUCAUUUUUUCAUUCCUAAUCAUUAUACCUUUGUCUUCUCCCUCCCCCCACUUUUUUAACUGUGCUGUCUACAGACUCUAGAAAAAUAGAAUUAAAGUGGUGAUAGCAACUGUGCCUGUUUUGGUCCUGAUUUUAAAGGGAAUAAUACUUUUUCUAAUCUUUUCUAAUCUUUCUAAUCUUUACCUAUUUGAAUAAUGUUUCCUGGGGCUAUUUUUGUAGGUUCCAUUAAAGAGGUUAAGUAAUUUCUACAAUUCCUAAUGAGUUUAAGGAAUUCUUUACAAUAUCUAGUUCACUAAGAAAGUUUCUUAAAAAUAGUUAUGAAUAGUUUUCAAUUUUAUAGUUUUUUGCUCAAUUAUGAUUAUACAUUUUAUUUCUUUAAUUUUUAAUGAGAUUAAUAUUUGUAGAUUAAAAAAAUUAAAACAGUCUCCCAUUCUUGAGCUAAACCCAAUUUGUUUACUACAUAUUACUUCUUCCACACAAUACUGGGUUCAGAUUGCUAAUAUUUUGUUUAGGAUUUUUGUAUUUAAAUUUAUGAGUGUAAUGGGUCUGGGUUUUAUAUUAAGUUCACAAAGAUGAAUUUAGAUUGGAUUUGCAUUGACUCUAAAGUAAUGUAUGGAGCCCAGGAGGCUGUGAAAGUGGUGCUCAAGGUUUCAAUGGUUGUGAACCUGUUGGCGCUCAGCCACGUUUGCCUGGAUGGCGAGUGCAGCAGGGGACAGAGGAGGCCCUGGGACUCUUCCUUGGUCCAUGGUAUUUCCAGAGACUCCUCUCCCCACAGCCUACACAGAUUAUGGACAGGAGACCAUGUGCGCCACCUACAGGAGAGUCAAGAAGGGGGCAACAAUGGCAACCAUGACCAGCUUCUUCCAGUGUCCAUGCCCAACUCAGGGAGCCCAGACUCAUCUCCCUGCCCCAGCUGGGAGCUGGAGCUGGACUCUGUCGCAGUGGAGGCUCUAUUUGAUCCAUGAGAAGAGCCCUCCUAGGUCCCACCCAGAGUGGCGCUACAGGGGCCAGCUGGCAUAGGAAAGAUAACCCUGGUCAGAAAAAUGGUGCUGGACAAGACCACUGGCACCCUGUACCCAGGCUGGUUUGAUGAUAUCUUAUAUGUGAGCUGUAGAGUGGGUCCUUAUGUGGCCCUGCUGGCAUAAGGCAAACUGGACCAGCUCCUCCUCUGGUGUUGUAGGGACAAUCAAGCAGCUGUCACAGAGCUUCUGAGGCAGCUGGAGUGGUUCCAGUUCAUCCUGGAUGGCUAUGAUGAUCUGCAGGGGCCCUUGGCAGAGAGGUUGAAGAGGCUGAGGUCCAGUCUGAUGGAGUACGUGCUGCACCCUUGAAUGAGGAGGACGGUACUGCCGAGGUCCUCCCUUCUCAUCACCACCCAGACCCUGGCUUCGUGGAAUCCAGAGCCCUUGCUGAGACAACCACACUCUGACCACAUCCUCAGAGGUUUCUCUGAGGACAAGAAGAGGAGUUAUUUACGCUCGUAUUUCACAGAUGAGAAGCAAGUUAGAAAUGCCCUUGACAUUGUGCAAGCAAAUGAUGUUCUCUACAAAGCAUGUCAGGUUCUAGGAAUUUGCUUUGUCUGCUCUUGGCAAGGGCAGAUAGAGAGAGGCAGAGAGGUCUCAGAAGUGCCCAGCACAGUGCCCAGUCUGUACUGUGGUGUAAUGUGAUCAAUUGCAGCUUAAAUAAAUAGUGGCUUCACAAAUUUUGAGAAACUUCUCAAAUUUCCAUGUUGGAAAUGAGCCAAGGCUUGUCACAGACCUUUAGUCUUGGAAGCUGUACUGUGACUUGAUUUAGCUCCACGCUAAUAACAUAUCAUGACUAUCCCCAGAGGUACCUUUACCUGACUUUUCUUUCUGGAAAUAUCAGUCAGUUCUAAGUGCUAACUCAUAAUCUCUUUUUUCUGCUUUGGUUUCCUCUGUAGAGAAAAGAAGAAAAAGGGAAUUCUAGAUGUAGAUGUGGUCAGUUCCCAGCUCUCAUUCUAUUUUUUUUUAAAUUUUAUUUAUUUAUAUAUUCAUGAGCCAUACCACCUGGCAUGUGGGACCUUAUUUCCCCAACUACGGAUUGAAUCCAUGUUCCCUGAAUUGGAAGUGCAGAGUCUUAACCCUGGACCACCAGGGAAGCCAGCCAGCCCUCAUUUUACAGAUGAGGAAAUUGAAGUUCAGUCAGGGGCCCCAUCAAGUUCUGGGGUUCCUCAGGCAGCUCUCUAGUCUCCCACACCUCAGCCCAUGGUGUAGAGCAGAGGUCUGCAAAGACUGUUCAGGCGCCGCAAACCUAACCCCAUUCAGCAGUCGCCGAGAGCCCCAGUGCAGCUGAGAGUUUUGACACUGCCUUGGACCCUCAGACACCCCUCUUUUUGUCUUUCACACAGUUUUAUUGCUGUUAUGACUCCUCACGAGUUCACAUGGACCAGUUCCAGAAAGCUGCUGGACGUGCUCAGUAUAUGAAUCCAAGUUAACUCAGCCUUGAGUGAUCAAUGUGGGACCCCAUGACACUAAUUAUUAUGAACUCUUCUUCACACGGGAAGUUUGGUGGCUCCACAUUUGAUAAUUAUGUACGUACCUGUUGAACACGUAGACUGUGUGUAUAUACAGAAUCUGUGUAAGAAACUGCACGCAUGUGUGUGUGCUUGCCCAGUUGCUUUAGUCGUGUCCAACUCUUUGUGACACUGCGGACUGUAGCCCGCCAGUCUCCUCUGUCCG